AUGGAAGAUCUUGCUAGUACACCAGUGGAUAAAUCUGAUAUCUGCAAACAGAAUACUUCUACGAGUCAACAAACGGCGGCAAAUGUAUGCGGCACUUUUACAUGUUCUUUUUGUUAUUUAAAAGAACGUUACGAUUACAAAGGUGCAAAACCACCAUUCGCUCGCCAAUUGGUUUAUCUAGAAGAAUGUUAUAUUAUGAAAGAUCCAUUCAGUUUACCAAACAGGGGUGAAGUUUUAGUCCUAGGCGCUGAUUGCAGUAUGUGCAAACGCAAUGUAUGCUUAGGAUGCAGCAUAUUUUACACACAGCGUUUCUGUUUAAAGUGCGCAUCCAAUAACAUGCAGAAAUUACCACUUCAAUUACAUGGCAAAAUCAACAAUUUAAUGAAACAUUAUGUAGAUUCUUGA